CUUCUUGCCCUGUCAGGGUUCUGGUCUCAGGGACCAGGCUGCUUUCAGGCAGCAGGGGGGCAGCGCGUCUGCCCCUGUUCAACCUUGUAAGGAUGAUUCCUCAAAAAAAAAAAAAGGAGCAGACCGCUGUGAUGCGGCGGUACUUGGCCGAGCUGGCGGACCUCAAUCUCCAGCAGAAACGGCGGUUACAGCAACAGCAGCAGCAGGAACUGCAGCGCCAGGGGCAGUCGCCCAGGCCCCGGACCGGCUCCCAGAUGCAGGAGGCGGCGGGUGUGGGUGACGCAGCGGCUGCCGCUGGUGGCGCCAGCGGACCACCCGCCGUGGCCUCGCCCUCGCUGCCAGCUCUGGUGGCGGGGGGAAGCACCCGUGCUGCUGCGGCUCCCCUGAGGGCCGAGCGGCAGCAGCAGCCCUCUUCACAGCAGCGGGUGGCAGCGGGAGGGCUUAGCGGGGGGCAGCCGUCGGCAGGCGUUGGGGGGCCGCCGGCGGCCAGGCGUCGCACUGCCGAUGCUGGGCCGGCUGGCAAGCAGCAGCAGCCCAGUGGGGCUCCCGCGGCACAGCCGCCCUUUGAUCAGCGGGCAGCCGCCAGGCAGGAUAAGCAGCUGGCAGCUGCGAUGCAGCGGUACUUGGCCUACAUGGCGGACCUCCAUCUCCAGCAGCAACGGCGGGUACAGCAACAGCAGCAGCAGGAGCAGCAGCGCCAGCACGACGAGUUCACUGGCUGGUGGCGCCUAUACUCAGUGGACACCCGGCCCAUCAUUCCGGGCACCUACACCGUCACGGUCAAGAUGGUAGGGGGCCCUGUGUGGGGGGCUUUCCGCGGUCGCACCGAUUUGGUGCUGCAGGCGGGUGGCUAUCCCACCACCUCGGACCCCUCUAACCUGGCGUGUGCUUAUGUGGUCUCAGAGCAGUGCGCCAAAUCGGUGGGCCCCAAGGGGGAGCCCCAGGCCCCCGCAGGCCAGGGCAUCACCAACCACAUCUUUGCCUGUGUGCGGGGCCCCAUCUGGGACCCGCAGCUCUCUCACCUGCACUGUGCCAAGUUUGAGAUGCCCGGUGAGGAGCCCAUGCAGGUGGAGGUCCGUGGCGCCCCCCAGGCGGCUGGGACGGCCACGACAGCUGCGGCAGGCAGCCCUGCUCCGGCUGCAGCCGGGGUCGCCGACCUGGGUGGCAACACCUUGGGUCGGGUGAGGCCCGCGGCUGCCAUGGCGACUGCAGCGGACAUCGUUGACCACGUGGGGGACGUGCAGAUGCAGGAGGCGGCGGGUUUGGGUGAUGUGGCGGCUGCAGCUGGUGGCGCCAGCGGGCCACACAGCGGGGCCCCGCCCCCGCUGCCAGUUCUGGUGGCGGGGGGAAGCAACCGUGCUGCUGCGGCUGCCCUGCGGGCCGCGCUGCAGCAGCAGCCCUCUUCGCAGCAGCGGGUGACAGCGGGAGGGUUUAGCGGGGUCCAGCCGGCGGCAGGCGUGGGGGGGCUGCCGGCGGCCAGGCCUCGCCCUGCCGGUGCUGGGCCGGCUGACGCGCAGCAGCAGCACAGUGGCGCUCACGCGCCACGGCCGCCCUUGGAUCAGCGGGCCGCCGCCGGGCAGGAUCAGGAGCAGACCGCUGUGAUGCAGCGGUACUUGGCCGAUUUGGCGGAACUCAAUCUCCAGCAGCAACGGCGGUUACAGCAACAGCAGCAGCAGGAGCUGCAGCGCCAGGGGCAGUCGCCCAGGGCCCGGACCGGCUCCCAGGUUGGGGUCCUGGCCACGCGGGGGGGGCAGGACGGGGCGGGCGGUGGCGCUAGCACGGCGGCGUCACGGCGUGGGCAACGUGUUGACAUAGUUGACCACGUGGGGGACGUGCAGAUGCAGGAGGCGGCGGGUUUGGGUGACGCAGCGGCUGCCGCUGGUGGCGCCAGCGGACCACCCGCCAUGGCCUCGCCCUCGCUGCCUGCUCUGGUGGCGGGGGGAAGCACCCGUGCUGCUGCAGCUCCCCUGAGGGCCGAGCGGCAGCAGCAGCCCUCUCCACAGCAGCGGGUGGCAGCGGGAGGGCUUAGCGGGGGGCAGCCGUCGGCAGGUGUGGGGGGGCCGCUGGCGGCCAGGCGUCACACUGCCGAUGCCGGGCCGGCUGGCGCGCAGCAGCAGCCAAUUGUGGAUGAGCUGCAGACCGCGUUCAUCACCGGCCGCUGGAUUGGAGACAACGCGCUGUACCUCCAAGGCCUGAUCGAAUGGAUGCGCCUGGACGUGGGCGCGGACGGCGCGCCACGGCAGGGUGGUGCGCUGUACUUCUUGGACAUUGAAAAGGCGUAUGACCGGGUGCACCGGCAGUGGCUGUAUGCGUCCGCGGAGGGACUUGGGUUUGGGCCGCGCAUGCUGCGCUGGAUCCGCCUGCUCACUGCCAACGGCUCUGCCCGCGUGUGUGUGAACGGGAUGCUCUCUGACGCCUUCCCAGUGCUGAACGGCUUGCCGCAGGGCAGCACCGCCUCACCACCCCUGUGGGUCAUCCAGAUGCAGCCACUGACGUCCUUUCUGCGGCGGCAGGUGGAGCAAGGGGCACUGCGCACGCCCCUGUUACCCAGCGGCGAGCAGGCGCCACCUGCUGCCCACCACGCUGACGACACGACCCUCACGGCGCGCGACCCGGCGGUGGACGGGCCGGUCCUGAUGGCGGCAGUACAGCUGUUCUGCCGCGCGUCCAAUGCCCGUGUCCAUCCGGACAAGAGCAAGGCCAUGGGCCUUGGCAGGUUUGCGCACCUGACGGGCCCUUGCCCACACACGGGGGUGCCGUUUACCACUGGCGCCGUGACGCACCUGGGUGUGCCCCUGUCGUGGGACUCUGAUGCGGCUGCAGCUGACUUGUACACCCGGCGGGCUCGCGGCAUGGCGUUUGUGGCGCGUCUGUGGGCUGCCCUGUCUCUGACCCUCGUUGGCCGUGUGCACAUUGCGAAGCAGGUGCUGGCGGCGAAGCUGGCCUACCACUUCAGCUUCCUCAACCCGUCGCCUGCGCAGCUGAAGGAACUCACCGACCUGGUGGACCACUUUGCUGCGCGCUCCAUGCACGCUGAGGACGCCAGCCUGGUGUCGCACGGGAACCCGCUCCUGCUGCCAAAGCGGGAAACGGCCUGUCUGCCGUACAAGGAUGGGGGUGUCAACCACGUCGACCUGCCUGCGUUCCUGUCUGCCCUGCAAGCUAAGACUUUCGCCCUCCUUGCCCAGCCAGGCCGGCAACCCUGGAAGACGCUCACCCGGGCGCUGCUUACCCAUGUGCGCCCGGACUCCGCCACCACGUGGGCGUGGGUGUACAGCGACGCGCCGGCGCCAGCGGGGCUGCCUGCCCGGCUGGCGGCCGCGGUCGGCCACGUGCGGAGCGCGGGCGUGGAACAGCAUCCGCCGCAGCCAGCCACUCAGCCGCCAGCGGCGCCGCCACAGUGGCGGGUUAGCCUGGACCAGCUGUGGGUGGCUAACGCUGCGGGGGCUGUGUCCUACGUCCACUACACGGGGCGGCUCUUGGAGCCUGGGCCUGGCGUGCUGCCCCCGGCGGUGGAUGGGGCGUGGCAGCCUGCCUGUGUGCUGCAGCAUCGCAAGCCGCGGCACCUGUGGACCUUUGAAGAGCGGGCGGCGUACGAUGCAGCAUCACCAGGGGAACGGGCGGGGGCGUGGCCUCGGGCGCCGUACUUCCUGGCGCCGGAGGCUGGGGUGGUGGUACACCCGGAGCACUGCCGGAUUGCGGGUGUCAGCUUGGCGGACUACACGGUGCGGGACGUGCGGCGGGCCAUCACCGCGGCUAACCCGGCCGCACCUCCGGCUCCGGCCCGCCCCGCAGCCAUGCCUUGCCCGGCGCCAGCUCAGCAGGCGGGGGGGUCGGGGACCCAGCCGGCGGCACAGUCGCGGCUGGCGGAGCGGGAGGCGGAGUGGCAGCGUGCAGCGGCGCAGCUGACCACCACGGCGGCGCAGCACUUCCACAAUAACCCGGUGGCUCUGGACCCCUGGCUCCACCGCACCUCCGCGGCAGCCGGGCUGCAGAACACGCCGGCGAGAGAACUGCAGUCGUAUGCGUCCCCGUCCCAGCAGUCGGGUGAGGGGCCGCGGCGGUCCGCGCGGCUGCAGGAGCAGGCGGCGGGCGGGGCGGGACCUAGCACUGGGCCUGCCACGGCGGCGGCGGCAGCAGCGGCGGCGGUGGAGGGCGACCCUCGCAUGCCGCCCCCGGAUGCGUCCCUUCUGCGGGGGCGGGCAAGGGCAUUCGGCCACGGGUGACCACGGGGUGCGGGGGGUUGGGGGCGCACUGUCCUCACCCCGCCUGCGGGCCACCUGGCCCGCGGGCGUGGGCCAGCCUAACGCACAUCUUCCUGGAGUGUCCAGCUUAUGCGCAGGCGAGGACGUGGCUGCAGCAGCUGUGGGCCUGCGUUGCGCCCCAGGCAGCGGCGCCGCCAGUGACGGACGCGGGCUUCAUGCUGGGGGACCGCAUGGGUAUGUGGGCCUCAGGCCCGCGGGGGGCGGGCGCGCUGCUGUGGAGCACUUUGCGGGCCACCUUCUUGUACGCUGUCUGGUGUGCGUACUGGUCCCGCGAGCCUGCUAAGCAGACGUCAGAGCAUGUGAGAGCACUUUACUUUACU